AUGGCCCUCCUCGCCAUUAAAAUUUUCACUGCUCUAGCUGCUCACUGGGACAGAAAUUUGAUUAACAUGCUUUAUAUACAGCCAAAAUUAACUGUAUUAACCAUUUUGGUGAGUGGCCUAGCAGAGGAAGACGCAGAUCGCACCGGUGCCUGA